AUGACCAUUGCUGCACCCAAAAGUGCCCCUUCACGCCCCCACAAGCUUUCGCCUGCCGAGUGCAAAGCAUGGAUCCAGGCAGUUGCUGGAGACUGGCAGGCUCUUGGAAAAGCGCCCCUGGCAGUGCGAAUGGAUCCUCGACUGGGUGUCGCGGCAGUGAAGCAGGACUGGCGAGCGAUCCAGUUCGUGGGCGAAAAUUUACGAGCAGACAAAAGCUUCAUGUUGCAGGCCUUGCAAUAUUCCGGCUUCGCGUUGCAGUUCGCCUCCCAAGCUCUGCGGUGCGAUCGUGAGGUCGUACUGGAGGCAGUUCGCAAGGACGGAUGCUCGAUCCGGCAUGCCUUCUACCAAGCCUUCAGAGAGGAGUUCGAUAUUGUCAAAGAGGCGGUUGCCAACGACUGGCGGGCACUGCAGUUCGCGUCCACCGAGAUGAAGAAAAACAAGGAGAUAGCUCUCGUGGCCAUUGAGCAGAGCUGGGAAGCGGUGCGAUUCAUCGACGAGGAGCUACAGGGGGAUUAUGCCAUCAUGGAUGCGGCAGUUUCGCAGCAUGGAGAGGCGCUGCGGUUUGCCAGCGAAACGCUGCGUGCGAACGCGGUGCUGGUCAGAAAGGCAGCAGAGAAUGGCUGGCAGGUUGUGGCUGAGGGAAACGAAAUAGUCCUCCAGCUGAGAACCGAAGGGCUGACCUGGGCGCCGCGGCCUGUUCGCAACCCGUAG